CAAGCCGGAGCAGCCAAUGACGGGGCCCAGCACGUCCUCACCAACUCAACAUCCAUAUCCAGGUCCAAAUGAAUAUAGGUACCGUUAGGUGUUGUAGGUACCUUGGGUGACUGGGAGGUAGCUCCGUGCUGCGAAGCCGACCGAUCGCUCCCAACAUAUCAGCCGAAUUAACUCGAUCCGUAAAUCGUUAAUUGGAAAGAGGCAGCGAGAUAGUAAUAAAAAAUGGCGGACAAGGAGUUCACCUACCAAGACGUGGCCGAGCACAACACCAAGAAGGACCUCUUCGUUGUCAUCCACGAUAAGAUCUACGAUGCCACCAAGUUCGUCGACGAGCAUCCCGGUGGUGAGGAGGUCUUAUUAGAUGUCGGCGGUCAAGAUGCGACGGAGGCCUUCGAGGACGUCGGCCACAGCGACGAGGCUCGGGAGGCCCUCGAACAACUCCUCGUCGGUUCGCUCAAGCGGAAGCCCGGCGACCCCCAUCCCAAGGCCCAGCAAUCCUCGCUCGCGCCCGUUGCCAACACCAGCCAGGCCGGCAUUGGCACUGCUCUAUACGCGGUUGUCUUGAUUGGAGCUGUGGCCGCGUUCGGGGCCUAUCAAUACCUGCAGACGCAGCAGCAAGCUGCCGAGGCUUAGAAGAUACAUCUAGGGUUUGGAUGGAAUCCAGAGCGUUUUAGCCGGUCCCAGAAAUGUGAUGUGAUGAUCGAUAUCUCGAUGACAAAUUAAUUACUA